UAAUAGACUGGUUUGUUCGUGUGUUCUGUUCUUCUGAAUAGAAAAGGGACGAUAAUACAGUAAGUUGGACGAUUAAAUAUGGAGCUGGUAGAUCAUGAAUUUUAUUUCAAGUAGUCGACGGUCUUUUAUAACCUAAUUCCUGUGGUUCAAGUGAAUUAAAAGUGAAAGUUACCUGAGAAGAGAAGAGAAAAGAAGAGAAGAGAGCAACAAAAUGGCUACGAACACGGAACAGGGCGAGGCGGACUACACGUGCCUUGUCUGCUGCGAUAUAUUUACUGAUCCUGUUUUGCUGCUGUGCGGUCACAGCUUCUGUCAGCAUUGUCUGCAGGAGUGGUGGAGACAGAGCAAACUAAGGAUAUGCCCCGUUUGCAAGGAAAUAUUCCCCAUGACUCGGCCGCCACAAAAUCUGGCACUGAGAAACCUGUUGGACUCCUUGAGACAGGAGAGGAGCAGGGGUGCUGGUGGGUCCAAGGAGCUUUGUUCCCUGCACGGUGAGAAAUUCAAGCUGUUCUGUGAGAAUGACCAACAGCCAAUCUGCUUUGUUUGCCGGGAUGCAAAAGCACACAAGAAGCACGACUUUGUUCCUAUUAAUGAAGCAGCAGAGGAGUACCGAGCUAAAAUCCAGCUUAAUCUGCUAAAUCUAAAAACUAAUCAGGGGUCAUUUGAGAGGCAAAAAGAGAACUGGAAUAAAAUUGCGGAUCAAAUCCAGAUCCAGGCUCAGGAGACAGAGAAGACCAUCAGAGCAGAGUUUCAGAAACUUUAUCAGUUCCUGCGAGAAGAGGAGGCUGGUCGGAUAGAUGCUUGUCGGAUGGAGGCAAAGCUUAAGAGUGAUACAGUGAACCUGAAGCUUGUAAACUUAACUGUGGAGAUUUCUGAGCUUGUGAAAAACAUCAAAACCAUAGAAGAUGAGAUGAGAACCGAUGACCUCUCGUUCAUGCUGAAUGUGAAAGCAACAUUGAAGAGAUCUUUGUACACACAGCCAGAACCAGAGACUCCACCAGAAGCACUAAUUGAUGAGGCUAAACACAUCAGUAACCUGCAGUUCUCAGUCUGGAAGAAAAUGGGUGAUAUAGUACAACACACCUCUGUAACUCUGGAUCCCAACACCAGGAGCAGAAGCCUGGAUGACAUCUACCGGGAGAUAUUAGAUCCAAAGAGGGCUUCAGUCCCUAAUCCAUGUUUAACUUUUUUUGAGACUUAUGUACAUUCAGGAUAUAACAAGAUAAAUCCCUUGAUAUUUUGUCAACCUAAACCCGGAACUUAUGUGAACGUAGAAGAUGAAGAUGAAGAAUCAAGUGAAGCCUCAAGUCCUGAAAGUUCAAGUCCACGAGAAGUCUCACCUCUUGAGAGCUCAAGUCCACGUGAAGUCUCAAAUCUUGGGAGCUCAAGUCCAUGUGAUGUCUGAAGUCUUGAGUAGGCCUGUUGCAAUAACCAAUUAAUCGUACUUUAAAUUCUAAUCACAUUAAUUUAUCAAAAUAAGUUAAAACAUUUGCAUGCUUGCUUGAUUCCCCUUGUGUUUUCAUCUUGGUCACUGAGAUAGGAUAGCGAAAAGGUUUCAUGUUAACUUUGAGCAAGUGCUCAAAGUUAACAUGAAAGCCUGGUGAGUGAGAACCAGAGAAAUAUUAGUUUGAAAAGAAAUUAAAUCAGUGUCAAAGCCAAACACAACAACUGCAGGAUGGGAGUUUUAGGAUUUAAACCAAACAAUGCCACCUGCUUAAUUUAUCAGACUCAGUAGGUCAAGAGCAUAUAAUCGUGUUAUUAUGGUAUUAUCAUAUUAGUUGAAAAAAGGUUCCCAAAUGACAAUAAUAUGAUUUAUUGCAAUAAGUUUUAGAAAAAAUUAUCAUCCAGCUAAAUUGUGACAGGCCUAGUCUUGGGUAAAGUCCCGGGUAUUUGAAAGAAACAGUCAAAAUGCAAUUGACUUUACAGUACUAAUGAUCUAUCAUGAGACUUGCUAAAAGGUUUCCAUAGAAAGUCACACUAUUAUAUCUAUAGAAUGAUCAUUAUCUUGAACUGGUUAAUGAAAAAUACAAUUAAAAAUAACACACACACAAUUUUUCCCAGAUAAAUUUUGCAAAAACAACUAUUUUCUUACUAAUAUUUAACUGACAUUUGUGGUUAGUUAAUGAUUUUUGUGAAAAUGCAAGAUUGCUGUAUUGAUUGAAAAAUUAGUAGCCUACAGUGAAAUGUGUUUUUAAAAUGUUCAGAUUUUUGGUUUAUGCUUAUUUUGCUUUCCAUUUGGAUGUAGAAUGUGAACAAUUUUAGGAGGUUUUGUACCACAAACCUGAAUAAUUUCUUUAUUGUUGAAGGUUUCCACAUGACUUGUUCCCAAUUGAGCAAAUUUUGAUGUUUAAUUGUGCAGUUAUGGUCAUGAUUUUUGUGGUAAAAAUGAAAUGUUUGGGGUAGGGGGUUCUGAUGUCUUUGAAAUAAACGUUUGAGCUUUGCAGGUAUGCCUGCACAAAAAAAAAAAAAAAAAA